CUCGCCUUCAAAGGUUCCCUUUGAAGUAUACACAGCGGUAGUCCAUCUACUUAAGAAGGCUGUAUUAAACACUCACCAUGUCUGCCGAGGUUUCCACCAAGAAGAAGUCCAAGAACGCCAAGGAGGGCAUCAACAACCGUCUCCAGAUUGUGAUGCGCUCCGGCAAGUACACUCUUGGCUACAAGACCACCCUCAAGUCCCUCCGCUCCGGCAAGUCCAAGCUCGUGAUCAUCUCCAACAACUGCCCUCCCCUGAGGAAGUCCGAGAUUGAGUACUACGCGAUGCUUGCCAAGACCGGCGUGCACCACUACCAGGGCAACAACGUUGACCUCGGUACCGCCUGCGGCCGUUACUACCGCGUGUCUUGCUGCUCCAUCACCGACCCCGGUGACUCGGACAUCAUCAAGGCGCUGCCCGAGGCGUAAAUUGGCUCUUGAGGCCGGCUGACAUGUCACUGACGUGUUUAUUCUACCCGUAGAUCGUGUCUAGGCUCACGCGGGCGAUAUCGUUUGUCAAUGAGAACCUCGACAUUCUGCGCA